GUAGUCGCGUUUCAUCCCGGACGGUCGCAUUGUCACGCGGCGUAUCCGGUGUAAAUUAAAUCGCGAGUGAAUAACGUCGGGCGAAAGCGGCACGAAAUUAAUUCCCGUAAUUCAAUCCGGGACGCGCGCGUAUAUCGACCGAUCUCAUUCGUUACGCUUCUGCAUCGUCCUUUCUCUGCAUACCGACGAAACUAGGAAACCUUUUUGAAAAAAUCAUUACAACGGUCUUUUGAUAUAUCCCCAAUGCAAUCGUUUAUAACUACAAUGAAAUAUGCGCCCAUUUUGGAUUACCACCCAAACAAUGUUUAUUUGGAAAAAGAUUUAAUGCAAACUUCAAAGGAUUCUUAUAAAAACAAAUAAGUACUUUAGUGAGAUUUUUGCAUCUUUGGUACACACUUGAUUCUUCAAACUUGACUCUAUGGAGACUUAAUGGCAAGUUGAUGCAUGUAUGAUAAAAUAAAUGUUCAAAGUGGAAUAAGGACUAAGAUAAAAUCGAUAAAGAUAUCAUGCAGUCUUAAUGCACUCUGAAUAAAACUUUAGACAUACUUGCGCUGAUGAAAAUAAGGAGAACAUUUGUAGCAGAGAUGAUGUAGACUUUAUAUGAAGUUAUCUGCUUGAUGAAAACUUGAUUCUUCAGACUUGACUCGGUUCAGACUUAAUGGCGAGUUGAUGCAUGUAUGAUAAAUGUUCAAAGUGGAAUAAGGACUAAGAUAAAAUCGAUAAAGAUAUCAUGCAGUCUCAAUGCACUCUGAAUAAGACUUUAGACAUACUUGCGCUGAUGGAAACAAGGAGAACAUUGCAGCAGAGAUGAUGUAGACUUUAUAUGAAAUUACUUGCUUGAUGAAAACUUGAUCCAGACAUUAUGGAGUACUUCAUAAAGUCUACGUCCUAGCAAUCUUGAAGGAGUUGUCAUGCACUCAUAGAUGCAGUUUUGAUAGAAUCUUGAUUCUGUACUUCCGUUAUGAUUCUGAGUAUGAAGAAUUUCAAGCUUUACUUAUAAUGGAAUUCCAUUAAAUUAAUUUUUUUCUGUAUCAUUCCGAAUUUCUAUAACCAAAUAAUAUAAUCAUUUAUCGUGUAUAAUUAGAGUGUAAUAAAUCAGGUUUGCGUCGGUAAUUCUUUAAUUAAAUUCAUCUCUCGAGGUCGUGGUUCUGUUCUCUCUGGAUCGUUGUCGAUUAAUCACCGAGAGGCCGUCGGGGGCUAUGACGGUUUUUAAUGCCCCGUCAAGUGUAAAUAAAGCGAAGAGACGACCGUGACCACCGUAGAGAGAUGAGGAGGCCUUCUUCGUCCCGUAUCUAUUUCUCUCGGGCGGUCGAACAGUUUUUGCGCGGAUCCUUCAUCGAAACGGAGUGGGGGGGACUAUUAAUUACUUUUGUUAGGGGGGCUCCAAAACGAUGUCUCAUUCACUUGCGAAAGGGCGUAGCCCCCCAAAGAAUUCCAGUCCCCCUUUUGCGAGCAGAUAAUUGAUUCUCUGUCCCACCUUUUUAACUCUUUCCCUUUGCGAAGAAGAUGAAACAAAACUGUUACACACUACUCUUCGGAGUCUACAGUCUUCUCUGUAUUCAAUGGUUCAUCUUCUUUUACGUUGGAACAUCUGCCGAGCGACGCGACCGGUUUCCUCUUCUUCUUGUUCGUCGUCGUCUUCUCAUGCGUCGUUGUCGGGUUAAAAGGGGUUACCGACGCGGCAAGUUUUUACAAGUUCAGUUCGGCGCGAGUAUGCAAAGUCCGAGCAACACGGCCCUCAGCUCAUUGGAGCAAGUAAAAGAGUACCUGUUAACGCCCGGGACGUGCAAGUGCGGUCUGGAGUGCCCUCUGAAGUCGGACUCGGUUUUCAACUUCGAUCCAAAGGUUCCCGGCAAACCAUGGACCCUGUCACCGGAUACGAACCAGGGCGACCUAACCAAAUUGUGCAACCACAAGAGGAAAUUACCGUCUAUGGCUUCUUCCCUCGGGUGUAAAUCGCCCGACCCUGGCAAGCUUCCUAAAGAUUUUAAUGCAGUUAAAAAGAAAAAACGGAAAAUUGGGGGACCUUAUUCUGGAGUAUCGGUUUCUCAAAUUCUAGCCCAAAGAGAAAAAAUGGGGUUAGUGCAGCAACAGUAUCCAAAAGAAAUUCAAAAUCAAAUCCAACCUCAGUUAUGGCCGCAAUCUCCGGUGAAUAUGAACCAUCCACAACAACCCCAACAACCACGCCUCCAACACACUUACCAACCGGAUAACCAGCAGUUUUUGCGGUACCAAAAUCACGAGAACCAAGAUGGGCAAAUUAACAGGGUAAUGAGCGACUCACCGGUGGUUCUUAGUGAGCAAAUUAUGGUACGACAACCGCAAAACAUAUCAAAUCAGCAACAACAACAGCAUUCCAUGCAAUCUCAUCCACAAAAUAGCAACCCGAACGUCCAUAUACAUCAGCAACAGUUCGUCGCCCCAAAUGGGCAAGUGAUAAGCAUUCAGGGCAGCGUGCCACCGGGGCAAGUUAGUCAAAUGCUACAGAACAAUGUUGUCGUUCAGCAGGGGUCUCCACAACAGAGGAUAUAUAUUAAUGGUCAGCCAAGUGAACCAAGCGGUCCGGGCAGGCCUGGAAUUCAAAUGGUUCCUAUUAGCAUAUCAUCUAAUCGAUCUAUACCUCAACAAUAUUAUCAAUCUUCGCCACAACAACAUCAACAGCAACAACAACAAUAUCCAGUUUUAGGGACAAGACCUCCUUUUCAACCUCAAAGUAAUUAUACGAAUUGCGGAACGAUGCACCAUCAACAACAACAACAACCUAAAGUGUGGCAAAAUCGUUUGCAAGUUCCUCAACAACCUCCAUCGAUUAUUAAUCAAAAUCAUCACCAUCAUCAACUUCAUCAUCAUCUUCAAGAUCAAAGAGUACCACCUUUGCAUCAACAUACUCCGCCACCAAAUGUUUGGCAGGAUGAUGUCAAUAGAAAAAAAAUUAGUAAAGUCAAUAAAAUCGUGAAAAAACGACCGUGUAUUGUUGACCAACAAAAUGGAAGAAUCAUAGAACAUCCGUGUACUAAUAUUGAUGUGAGGCAAUUACAACAAAAUGAUCAUGGAAGGAUGGUUGGACAGUUGCAGCAACAAGGGAACUCUAGUCCAUCUUUUAUGGAAGAUCCUAGUGCUUAUUUAGCUCAGCAAACUGCGUUAUUGAAUAACACUAUUAAUAGACAAACAGGUGCAAAUCCAACGUUUAGUUGUAACAGUCCUGUUCAACCAACUCAGACACCAUCACCUCAUAGUAUGUCACCAAUGAACCAGCCCAGUGGAGUGCCUUUACCGAGUAAUAUGCCACCAUCGAUAUCAUCAACGCAACAGCCCAAACCCACCAAUUUUCGACAGAACCAAAAUAGUAAUGUGAUUCACAUUAUAAAACCACAAAACAUUCCUUCCGGUGGUGGUCAAUUACAACAACAGCAACAACAACAACAACAAAGUGCUUAUAAUCAAUCUCCAACAAUCGCUGUUUUACCUCAAGAAAUGGCUGAUAGCAGUGAUUGUGGUUGUAGCACCGAUGGACGAUCAACGUACGAUCAACAUCAACAAUAUGGUAUUCAGCAACAACAUGGCAUUAAAAUAAUACAAAAUAGACCAGAUAGUCAACCGGGUACUCCAAGCAGUUCGGGUACGAAUGAUGAUCCAGUUACUUCUUCGUCGACUUAUAAUAGCGAACGAUCACCGGAUUCGAGACCUAUUCAAGGUGGUACGGUAAGUACAAGUAACGUAUCACCUCAAGAUGGAUCUCCGAGUCCGCAUACGCCGACGCCAGGAGGGAGUAGAGAGGGUACGGUUCAGCAUCAGUUUGUUUUUGGAACUCACAAUCAACAAAGAGAAGCGACGCAAAAAAUGGUCGAGAAUUAUUACGAUUUACAACUACCAAAAAUGGUUGUGACGACGAUGGCCAGCGGGAGAACGGUUGGUAGUAACACCAUCACGUCAGUUCUUGCAGGAAAAGCUAAUACUGCAACCGUAUCAAUCAAUACUCCUUCCACAAUAAUUUCGGGUACUUUACCAACAAUGACCACUAAAUCACCGUUAGAGAUGGUGCAGAGUGUAGUGAGUAGUAUUCAAGUACCUCAUUCUGGACAACAACAACACCAACAACAACCAAAGCCACCACAAACUUUCCCCGCGGGAAGUCAAAUUUUAGUUUCUUCAGGUGGUCAACUUAUUAUGGCGAAUACCAACCAACCUGGAGUGAUGGCCCCCCCACCUCCUAAAGUUGUUACUUCAAUGCCUCCUAUUUCCGUAUCACCCAUGGUGACUAAUGUAACAGCCGCUGUAACUCAAGUGAUUCCAGCGGUAGCCCAACAAGUAUUAGGUCAACAAACGGUCUUGGUGAAUGCGCUUCCGGGACCGUUUGUUUUACAACCGGGAGUAACAAUGACCAUGGAUGGUAUGACGGUGGGGCAAAACGCCGUUCAAAUACCGCAGUUACUAACCGGAAAUGUGAUUCCCAGCGGACCGGCGUUAUUAUCACCCGAAACUAAACGAAAAGGGAAGAAACGGAAAAUUCCUUCGCAAACGGUCGCAUCAAUGUUGCAUAUCGCGGCCGCCCAACAAAAUCAAGGAAUGGUCGUGUCGCCGCAGAGCUUUCCUCAGCAAAUACAAAUGGCGCAUAGUCCACAGAAUACUACACCAGUCAUGCAAGCGCUUACAAUCGUUCCUGGAAAAGCUGGCGGUCCUCCGCAAAUUGUUAUGAAUGGAAAUGGAAUUGGCACGCAACAGUUAAUUACCAACUCGCAACCACAACAAAUCAACCUGUUGCAACCCGUCAAUUUAUUGAAUGGUGGGAUGGUUCAGAACUUUCCCACUAUUCAACAAUUUAUCGUGCCGAAUUUGGGCGGGAUGGUAAUGAAUGCGGACGGAACAGCAACGAUAUUACAAGAUACUUCAAAUAUCGGGAUGCAACUUCAAUUGCAGAAUGUUAACGGACAGAAUGUUUUGACUCCCGUACAAAAUAGUAAUGUUUUUAAUGGAGGGCAGAGUAUUUUACCCGCAGGUAUGGUUAUAAGAACACCGAGUACUUCACAAGGAAAAAUUAUACAACAACAACAUAGUCCUGGAGCGGCUCAGUUCUUAUCACCGAAUGGAGGACAAUUUGUUGUAAACGGCCAAUUUAGCGGACAAUUAAGUCCUUUGGUUGCCAAUCAACAGGUUACAUUUAACACAGCUCCUCAAAUUCGACCAGCAACUAAUAACAUUCAACAAGGACAACAAGAAUUUAUUCAAUGCGGUCAAAUGGGACAAACUUUAAUGGUUCCGUGUACACCUGCGGCUAACAUAGCUGUUUCUUCGUCAAAUCAGAAUACUACUUUUGUACAACAAAACACCACGAUCGUCCAACAACAAACAACAAUGGUCUCAAAUAAUCAACAAUUACAAAAUUUUCAACCGACCAAUUCUAAUAACCAACAACAAAAUUUACGCACAACAUUAAACGUUGAUCAUCAAAACUUUAUUAUUACCAACGAUAAACAACAACCAGUUCAAACGUUAUUAUUCCAAAGACAAAGUCCGCAAAAUUCAAUAAAUUAUCGGCAAAGCGUUUCAACACAAACAGCGGUUAACCAAAAUCUUCAUUCUGUAACUACAACAGCUAGUAGCCCACCAGAUACAACUACUCAUAGUCCAAUGGCUUCCGGUGGGCAAAGUCCACCAACGGCAGAUACCACAACACAUACUGGAAGUACAGAUGAUGGUUUAUCUCCGGCACCCUCAAAUUCUUCGGGAUCUUGUGGAGAUAUUGUUACUUUACAACAAAAUAGACAUCAAAAUUGUUCAAUGGCUAUGGUUCAUUGUAUAUCAAGUAGCGAACCAGAUUCAGCAGAUAUUAAUCAAUCAACAGAAAAUGAAUGGAGAAAUCACGUGCAUUGUAGUACACAAAAACUUGAAUUUACCGAUAUUUCAAGUAUAGGCCAAUUAAACCAUAGCAAAAAAACAAACCCCAUCCACAUGGCUUUUGCGGAAUCAUCAACGAUAGCUACUGGUAUCCACGUGGUGCCUGAAGAGUUAAAAUCUCAAGAAACGACUGUGUACAGCUCAAGAAAUUUCGAAAAGUUUGUGCAUAGACGAAAACAUAGUGACACUUUGGUUGUAAUGGAAACUAGACAUCCUCUUUUCGACGAAGGAGAUGAUGUAGAGAAAAACGAAACCGUACAAGAACAACGGCAGAGUUUUUCGGUUGGAGAUCUUGUUUGGGGGGCCACUAAAGGCUGCCAAUCGUGGCCGGGGAAAGUGGAGAAGUUAUCGUCCGAUGGCAAAAAAGUACAUGUACGUUGGUUUGGAGGGGGUCGAUCCUCCACGGAAGUCGAAUCGAAUGACUUACAAACGUUGAGUGAAGGUUUGGAGGCUCAUCAUAGUGUUAGAAAAAAAUCACGGACAAGUAGAAAAUUAAAUGCGCAGUUGGAGAAUGCGAUUCAAGAAGCGAUGGUUGAGUUGGAUAAGGAUCAAGAAGAAAAGAAAACGACGACGAAAAAAUCGAAAUCUGCAGGGGGCCGGUUGCGAAGCAGUCACUAAUUAAACUUAGAAAAAAAAACUAAAUAAAUAAAAAAUAAAAACGGACCAACAUCGAAAAGAAUUUAAUAACGAGUAUGAUAAAAUGUAGGAAUGAGAUUUCUAUUGAUAUAUUAUAUAAACUAGUUUUGAGCGAAUUUUAAACUAAAUAACAAAAAAAAAACGCUUCUGAAUGUGUAGAACCCCGUGUUUUAAACAUUAUAUUACUAGAUAAAAAAGAAAAAUAAUGAUAAUUAUAAAAAAAUAACUGGUAAUGAUUCCUAGAACAUAAUUGUGAAAGAAAAAAGUUUUAAGGUUCACAUAUUUUUCAAACGCCUUUUUAAAGAAAAAAAAAACUAGCCAAGUAAGUUUUUUUGGGCACUUUUAAAAGGACGUAAGCCUAAAAAAAAUAUAAAAAUUAAAUAAAAGUGGCACCUCUCGCGAGAUGGGGGUGCUUUAUUUGUACUACUACAUAUUAACGUUGUAUAUGUAAAAUAAAAAAAAAUAAACGAAACAAAAAAAUUAAUUAAUACAAGUGGAAACGUAAAUUGGGCUUUCAAAAAAAAACGAGUCGUCUAUUAAUUAGAGUCGUAAUUUAAUAACACUUAGAUUGUAGGUAUAUCCAAUAUUUAUAGCGGGUUAAUUAGAUAAAAAAGAAUGAAAAAAAAAUAACAAAGCAAAGAUUAUAGAGAGUGAUGAGGACGUUUGAACCAUACCCGUUCUUUUAGUUUCUUCAAAUUUUUUUUUUGAAUUUCUAGUCACCGCGACAAAGGUUCUCGUUUUUAUAAUAUCGACAAUAAUACCUACUUUUUGAUUUCGACUUUUCGGUACUGUGAUAAAUGUGCAGAAGAAUUGCGAACCAACCCAAAAAAAAACCACAAACCAACCAACCAUCAAACCGUACGAAUACACAGUG